CAAGAGCGUGCCAGAUUGGCAGCCAGGGCACAGGCAAGGUGGUCUCCACGCACAAGAGGCCCUAGCCCAGCACUGCACGGACUAGCAGGCAAGUUUGUCCUUUGUCUCUCCUUCAGUGCCUUACCCAUCUUGGGCUGCUGGACACAUAAACUUUCUGCUGAAGGAGCUGAAUACCACUGUGGUGUAUGAACAUCUCUGUGCCCAUUAGAGCUCAUUACCAGGGGAUGGACAUGUAACAGGACCCCCUUUCCUUUUUCAAUGUGCUGCAGUCUCUUGUCUCACCUGCUGUUCGCACUGGAUUUGGGCUGGCCUCGUGCCCACCCCACGCACAGGUGAAUCCGUCCCACCUACAGUUUGAGGAUUACAAUUGGAAUGAUGCCUGGAGCUUGGGGUAGGGUAUGGAUCUGCCUGGCAACUUUACAAAUGCUGUGCCAAUGCUGGGCUCAAGAUGAUGUUCCCCCAUACUUUAAGACUGAGCCUAUCCGGAGCCAAGUCCAUUUGGAGGGAAACCGGCUGGUACUGACCUGCAUGGCAGAGGGAAGCUGGCCAUUGGAAUUUAAAUGGCUGCAUGAUCACAAGGAACUAACCAAAUUCUCCCUGGAAUACAGGUACAUGAUAACGUCUCUUGACCGGUCUCAUGCUGGAUAUUAUCGCUGCAUUGUACGUAAUCGGAUGGGUGCAUUGAUGCAAAGGAAGACUGAGGUUCAAGUAGCAUAUAUGGGUAUCUUUGAAGAUGGCGAUACUUCUCUGUUUGUUUCUCAUGGAGAUGCGGCGGUGAUCAAUGCUCCCAACAUUGCCAGCUUCCCCCAACCCCAGGUGACAUGGUUCAGGGACGGCAGAAAGAUCCCACCCAGCAAUCGUAUAGCUAUCACCAAGAACAAUACAUUAGUGAUUUUAUCCAGUGUGGCUCCAGAUACUGGGCGCUACUAUGUGCAGGCUGUCAAUGAUAAGAACGGUGACAACAAAACUAGCCAGCCCAUCAC